AUUACUAUUUUAACUCCUGUCCACUUUUUAUUUUUCUAAGGGGGAAAAAAAUUGUUAAGAGCCCACGCCACCCCCUCCACACCCCCAUGAAAAAAAAAUUUGGAAACACAUUAAAAAUAGAUGACUAUUAUUCACUUAAUUAAUAUUUACUCAUAAUCAAUGAGUUAUCACAGCUGCCCCAGUUUACCUGCCAUUGACGAUGCGAGACGUCCAAUCCGUUUGGAUGAAGAGGGACGGAUGAGCCCACUUGGUCCAAAUGAACUCGACGUCUUGAGCCGCCAAUGGCAGGCUGAGUUUACAAGGAAAUUUAUCACACGAGUUAAAUUGACUACAUUCUUCGUUGGACGUAUAUUAACAGUCAAUGAGCAAUUGAUUGAAAAUGCGCUUCGAUUGACGCGGCAAGGUUUUGCGGGGACGCCGUCUGAUGGAUUCUCACCCGGCGACGACGACACGGACCACCUGAGGUUCCGGCUGGCUAAGACGGAGGAGGAGAUCGAGACUCUCAGGCAGGCGCUGCUGAGCAAAGAGAAGUCGGCCGCCGAUCUCCGCCGGCAGCUGGGUUUGGGCCCGUUGGAGAAUCUUAAGCACAACCUGUCCAAAGGCUGGCAAGACGUACGGACGUCGUCCCCAUAUCUGACGGCCUCAGCGGUCCUGGAAGACAUCGGCAACACGGAAGCGUCACUUCCUGUCAAUUUUGGCACAGGGCAAUUCCAGGUCAUUUCCUGUAAAUUUUGGGACAUUCAAAGGUGCGUGAGGACCAAGGAAGGUUUGGCUCAUGCAGGCCGUGUCACAUCUUCUGCAUUGUCCAACGUGGGCGUUGCUAUCACCAGAAGGUUGGCGGAGAUGAGAGCUCUACCGCUUCCAGGUCCGCCGCGCCACCACGUGAGCGUACCAUCCAUGAGACACUCUUCCACAUUCAAGUCUUUUGAAGAAAUGCUUGGCAACGUCAAGAGGAGAUGACGGCCAAAGAAGAGGAGAAACGAGCACUGGUGAUGACGAAUCUACGUUUGAAUAGCUUUCAGGAAAAAGGGAAAUGUUUUGUUCAAAACUGUCCACAAGAGGGCGGCAGAAUGACAGAAAUUCAAGGACGCUUCGCUGCCGUAUUUUGGACUCAAAUUGGGUGAAGGAAAUAAAUCUCCAGUUAAAUAUUUGGAGACAUGCUAAAUGAUUCCUGGGUCCUCGGAAGGGUGUUACUCUUUGGCUGCCGUUGACGGAAGUAGACGUCUAACCUGUUUUGAUUGGGAGGGGACUGAAAGCAGAGGUGGCUUGUAAUAUUGACUCUGUUACUUUUACUUGUGUUAACUUUUUGAGAAUAAUGUACUUAUAAGAGUAGUUUUACCACACCAUACUUUUGACUAUACUUGAAUAAAUGUGUGAAGAAGAAACUCGACUCUUACUUUCUUAGCUGUCUUUGCCAAAACGAUGUAGUACUUCAUAAAAUAAGGAAUUAUAUCAUGAAAACAACCA